CUGCACCCACUCCAACUCUUAUUACCGUCGCCUCGCCUUGCCACCCGCCUUAGUUAGAACUUAAGAACCGCCUCGCGCACCAUCCGGACAUCACCCGAGUAACAGUCGCUGGCUCUCUGGUAUCGAAGAGCGUUCUGCAUUGCGUUACUGUUUGCUCCUCGUCCCUCACUUAUACGUCGCACGUCGCGAUCUUUAGGUGCAAGCUAUUUACUUAGCCUUCUCGUAUAAUAUUAUCCUGAGACGGAGUCUCGCUUACGCUCUCUAUUUUCGCGAGACGCAUUACGUCGCUAGCGGUUAACGGAGACUGUGCUAUCUAGUGCGUAUGGUUCUGCAACCCUAAUUGCAGAAUAGACCCAUGGGUAACUGUUAAAGUCGUAUUAGUUGCUGAGCUAUCGAGGUAGGUGGACCUAUGGGUGGGUGCCUAUCUACCCCGAAGGCGACGAUAGAGGAGCAGAGACCCAAUAACGCACCCCCACCAGGUGGCGAGCCGCCUAAAGUUGCUGGGGGUGCGCCCGCUCCGGAGCCGGGAAGCAACAAUCAGCAGCAGCAGGAGGAGGAGCAAUGGCGGAUGCAGCAGCAGAAAGAGCAGGAGGCGCUGCAGCAGAAGCAAGCGUACGAGGCGCAACAGAUGCAGGAACAGCAGCAGCUACAGAUGCAACAGCAGCAGCAGAUGCACUACCAGCAGCAGCAGAUGCAGAUGCAGCAGCAGCAGCAACAGCAGCAACAAAUGUACAUGCAACAGCAGCAGCAGCAGCAGCAGUACGGGUCAGAUCAGCAAGGGUAUAAUCCUCAAUACGCGCUGCAACAACAAGACCCCCGGUACAUGCAGCAGCAGCAGCAGCAGUUACAGUACCACCAGCAGCAGCAGCAGCAGCAGCAGCAGCCACCACCCAUGAACCCCUACCAGCAGCCCCCCCAUCUAGCCCCCCAACUCCCUCCGGGUUUCCAACAAUCCAUCCCCGCGCCUAUCCCUCCCCGUGGGCUACGACAAGUGAACGAAGAGGAAGAGGUAAACGACGGGCAGGGGGGGUGGGGAGGCGGAGCGGCCGAGCAGCCUGCGGAGCUACAGGAAUAUUCGUACCAGGAUUUAGUUGAUGCGACGGAAGAUUUUCAGGAACACUCGGUGCUGGGAGAGGGCGGGUUCGGGAAGGUUUAUAAGGGGUAUGUUUUGGACCGGUUUCCGGUGGAGGGCGGGCCGCCCGUGACGGCGACAGUGGCGAUAAAGAAACUGAACCCGUCGGGUUACCAGAGCAAAGUGGAGUGGAUGAGGGAGAUCCUGGUGCUGGGCAAGCUGAACCACCCGAAUCUGGUGCGACUGAUAGGGUACUGCGCGGAGCUGGAGGAGAUGCUGCUCGUCUACGAGUUUGUGCCCCGGGGCAGUCUUGACUACCACCUCUGGCCAGCCCCCAAUGUCCCUGCAGACCCCCUGCCAUGGCAAGCGCGCCUGCGCAUCGCCCACGACGCGGCCUGUGGCUUGGCGCACCUGCACGCCAGCAACUUCAUCCACCGCGACUUCAAGGCGCCCAACAUCCUCAUUGCCGAGAACUACGCAGGCAAGCUGACGGAUUUCGGGCUGGCGAAGGAUGGGCCGGAUGCGGGGCAGACGCAUGUGUCAACGCAGAUCAUGGGCACCAUGGGGUACCUGGACCCGCGAUACGCCGAAACAGGCCAGCUGACAGUGAAGAGUGACGUGUAUGCCUAUGGCGUGGUCCUCCUAGAGCUCCUCACAGGCAAGAAGGCCAUGGGAAUCAGCCCUGGCGGCAAGCCCAAGACCCUCACUCCUGGGCUCGCCCGUACCUCAACAAGGCUCGGCCGGACCUGGAGUCCCUGGUGGACCCGAACCUGAUUGACCCGUUCCCUGAGAAGGUGGCUCGGACGCUGGCUAUUUCGGCGAAGCACUGCAUCCAGGAUGACACCAACAUGCGGCCCAUGAUGAGCGACAUUGUCGACACGCUCAGGCCUCUCAACACGGCUAUUAAUGGCCGCCGCUAAGUGUUCUUCUGGCUCUUAGCCAAGGGUGGUGGCGAGAAGGUGGAGGGAAAGGUGGAGAGGAGGUGGAGGGGAAGGUGGAGAGGAGGUGGAGGGGAAGGUGGAGAGGAGGUGGAGGGGAGGGUGGAGAGAAGGCGGAGGGCAGGGGGGUGUGGGACGACGGCAGAUAGCAAGAGCAGUGCGGGGAGGGGAGCGAGUGUGUGCAGCGGAGUUAGAUUGACAGACCAGGGCAGUGCCCCCGGGGAGUCAAUCUAGCACAGGGCGUGGCGUUUUGAACGAAUGACCGUUAUCAGUGACUGGCUGAGUGGCCAUCAGUCGACAUCUGUCGGCUGAGGGGAGAUGGGGGGUCUGGCAAGGCAGCUGUAGUGACAAGCAAGGCAGCUGUGGGUAUGCUUGAUGGAUGCGCACCUGAGUCGGGGGAGGUUGAGCAGAAGCGGCUGGAGAGUCCUUUUGCACUGGCCUAGGGUGGGGUGUUCAGCCGUGGUCUUUGCUUGGGUGGUGAGGUGAACUAGGGGCUGUCAGAUGUGUGUUUGAGCCUCCAGUUUUGUUAUUUGGUGAAUAUAACAUAUCAGUGGGUUGUUAUGGUAUGCGGGUGAGGGGGAGAGGGGGGGGAGGGGGAGGUGGGAAGGGGGGGGGGGGAAAUGGGGGGGUGGGGGAUGUGACUUGUGAGGGUGUAGUUGACAUGUUUCAUCUAGCAUGGAGCUCAGGUAGUGGGCAUGGGAUGGAGAGGCACAAUGCAGCUGCUUAGGCAACUGGGUCCAUGUGGGCCUGGUGGUUGGAUAGGACGAAGGGCCCUUUUACAGUGGUGGUCUUAGGAAAGUCUUUGAUUAGUUAUUUAGGGAGACGGUGGCUGCUCUUUUGUGUCGGCCUUAUGUGGCGUAGGAGUGCAGUUUGUCAGCUUCCUCCUGACCUGAUGCGCACUUAUGAUAGGUGAGGCGUUUUGCUCUAUUUAUUAGAAGGGUGAUGGGAGCGCUCACAUUUGAAUGCAAGUGGGUACGCCAUGAAUAAGACAUUUGUAGGAUUAGCUACUAUCCGGUAUUGUUUUAAAAAUUGUACCGUAC